GCCUAGGGUUGAGGAGCAUGAGGCUCUUUUGACGUUGCCUUGCUUGCAUUCCAAUCCCUUCUCGGUGUGAGUGAGCGAGCUGCUGCUGUUGCCCCACCAUCGUCGUCGCAGCAUGGCCCCCUCCGUGGUUAGCAACGGCAUCGCCGUCGGUCUGCACCGGGGUCACCAAGUUACCAAGCGAGACAUCGCCAAGCGCCCCUCCGCCAGCAAAGGCAAGCUCGGCAAGCGCACCUCCAUGGUCCGCAACCUCAUCCGCGAGGUCGCUGGGUUCGCUCCGUACGAGAAGCGGAUCACGGAGCUGCUUAAGGUCGGCAAGGACAAGCGUGCUCUUAAGGUCGCCAAGAGGAAACUCGGCACCCAUUUGCGUGCCAAGCGCAAGAGAGAGGAGAUGACGACCGUUUUGCGCAAGAUGCGUGCUGGUGGUCACGCCGAGAAGAAGAAGUAACGGAAGUCCCUUUAGGUUUUCAUUCUGGAUAGCAGGGUUGCGCUUCGGGGUUUUUUUGACUGGGGUUGUAGUUGCCUAGCUGUGCCUAAUCCGGCAGCCAGGUAUUGAAGAGCUUCUGUCAAUUCACUUCCUACGUUUUCCCUCUGGUGUUAGGGUUAACCGCUUUUCUAAUACUUGGGUAUGCCUUACCUGCUUACAUCUCUCUUUGCCUUUGCCAAAAUGUUCUGUGUUUCUGAUCUGAUAGUAUGUACUUGCCUUUUUUUUAUUCAUCUUCAAUCCAAGUCUAUGUUCUUCGGGA